AAUCUCUAAGUGAGGCACUGAAAGCCAUCAGUGUGAGCACAGAGCUGAUUGAGGACGAGCUUAAGCCUCAUCUGGAUACAUUGUUGACGUCGUUGCUUGAAAAGAAGAAAAAUGCAGCCGUUGAGAUCGCCAGGAGUGGGAUUCUGCCCAUCCUGACUCAAGCUCUACAGAGCAAAAGCAGUUUGAGCUGCCAGGUGGCUUUGGUGGUGGCAGAAAUGGCACGAGAAGCCACGGUGAGAGAGCCCUGCAUCGAGGCCGGCCUGGUGAAGGUUCUGGUUCCUCAUCUCAACAGCAACGAUCAGGAAAUGCUGCUGAACACCGGCAGGGCCAUCGGACGCAUCUGCUUCGACAACACAUACCAGCAGGACCAGCUGGUCCAGAGUGGAGUCAUCCCCAGACUGGUCUCCAUAAUGAAGGAAUAUCCAAAUAACGACCCGCUGGUGAACGUCUGCCUGCUGGCCCUCUGCAACCUGGCUGACAUGGACAGCGCCAGGGAGGCUUUGGCAGAACUGGAUGUGGCCGAUACGCUGAUCACUCAGCUAAAACGUGCUCCUGAUGCUGAACGACGACACGUCAUCUUGGAAAUACUGGGUUCACUGGGAGAGAGCGAUGCUCUGAAGCUACAGUUCGCAGAGUCGGGGGUACCGGAGGCUUUGUCAGAAAUGAUCCGGGACCUGCAGGGACAUUCGGACCCCCAUGACCUCUGCAGCAUAAAGAUCGCGUCCAACCUCAUCGUGUCGCUGCUUUUAGGAGAUGAGUCUAUGCAGAAGUGUUUUGGUGAGGGAUCAGGCGUGGUCUAUCAGGAUAUUCUCUCCUGGCUGAAGAGCUCCAACACGCAGCUCCAGCUCUCUGGAGCCCUUGCCAUCGCCAACUUUGCAAGAAAUGACAGUAACUGUGUGAAGAUGCUGGACCUCGGUGUGGUUUCACACAUCCUCACCUUGCUGGAGCAACACRUAGAAGAAGGAGACGUGUCUGUUCAACACGCUGGACUGAGCGCGCUCAGGAACCUGGCCAUUCCUGCCACCAACAAAGUGCGGAUGCUGGAGGACGGGGUGACCGAGAGGAUAAAGACUCUGCUGCGCACCGACAUGCCGCCAGUUCAGUUCAAACUGCUGGGGACACUACGCAUGAUGGUGGAUGGACAAGAGGAGGCAGCCUUAAAGCUGGGGAAAGAUGCCGAGCUGCUGGCACGAGUCCUGGAGUGGUGCGAGGCCAAAGACCACGCAGGCGUCAGAGGAGAAGCCAGUCGCCUUUUAGCCGCUCUGGUCCGACACAGCCGCAGUCCGGUGAGUCUGUCCUCCCCGACCGGAGCGUUGGCUCCAGCUGGAGCUCAAAUGUCUUCCAGAUAUAGUCAGUGACAGGUCUGACGGGCUGAUUCCCUCUGUCUGACAGGAGGUCRUCCGGGCCAUAGCCAGAGCAGAUGGGGCUCGACACCUCAUCGYCAUGGCAACGAGUGAGCACGUCAUCAUGCAGAACGAGGCCCUGGUUGCCCUGGCGAUAGCAUCUGCUCUUGACAUAGAGUCCAUGAGGGAUCCACUUAAAGAGGCCGAGCUGUUACCAACCCUAAAGAAGAUCCUGGACGACCCUGUAGGGGCAGUUGAGGUCAAGUUCAGUGCUUUGGGUCUCAUCUGCACCCUGGCUAACUCCAGUGUGAUGAAGGAAGAGCUGAACUCGGUGAAUAUAAAGGAAAGCCUGAGUAAACUGACGGAUCACAGCAGCAGUAAACUGGCUUCACAGGCCAGCUCCAUACUGACCAUCCUCAGUGACUCCAGUUAAACCAGCACUCUGCAGCAACAAGACAAUCCAYCUGCUCCAUGAAUUUAUCUGGAUUGCACAAUCAAAUGAUCUCAUGGCUAAGACACUAUAUCUGAAAUGUGACCAAUAUUGUAAUAUUGAUAGCUGAUGGACUCUWUUUAAAUGCUGGAAAGAUGAGGGUCCAUGAGGGAAAUAUCAGUGGCCCAUCAAUAUAGCUAACAUUUUAGCUUCUUUGUUAUCCAUCAGGAGGAAUGUAUGGGUAGGUUUCUUCAGAAGGGUAAUGGUGGAGAAGUAGUUGGGUCAUAUUUUAUGACUUGAUGGAAUAUUUAUGAGUUAAUAUGAAAUUAAAUAGCUCAGACMAAUGUAUUUAGAGAUUUAUAAAAGUUUUUUUAUUCUGUAUAUGACUAACAGGCAAGAUUGUUUGACUGACUGAUUGCUGAAUGGACUAAUCCAAUGUUUAUCAUUAAAACUACAUACAAGAAUUUUACAUUGCUGUAACAAAACAAUCAAUUUUGUUGUCAUUAGAAAAAAAGAAGGUCCACCCCUUCUCCAGGUUUGUGGUUUUAUGUGUCAGGACAUAAAAUCCAAUCUUUACUGGGUUAUAAAAUCACUUAAAUCAAAUUUCAUACAGACAAAAACACCUUUCCUGUUUUUGUUCAGCCCAGUGCCAAGACGGAAAGAAAUCAGCAAUGGCCUCAGAGAAGCAACAGUUGCUGCCARUCAGUCUGGGAAAGCCAACGGUUAUUUUCAAACAAUUUAAAAUCUGUCAUUGUACAGAGAGAAMGAUUAUUCACAAGUAGAAAACAUGUAAGYCAGUUGCUAAUCUUCCCAGUAGGGGCUGUCACAGCAAAAGCACCUGAAGGUUAGACUGCGCAAUGCUCAGAAUAAGGAUGACAAAAGCUCCACCUCAGACUAUACRGGCCUCAGCUAGCAWGUUAAAUAUKAAAGUUCCUGACAARACAACUAGAGAAAGAUGGAAAUAAUGUGGCUUGUUUGACUGAGUUGUGAAUUCCUCAAACAACAUGGCAGUGUGAUGUAGGUUUGUAAAGUUGCAGCUCACUGAACCACAGARCUUCUGAAACAGUGUCAUUUGGGCAGAUGAGACCAAAGUCAAGAUAUUUACCCACAAUGCACAGCACCAAAUAUAACAGAUGAGUACAAGCACCUCAUACCAGUGGUCACGCACAGUAGUGGAGGGGGUGACGAUUUGAACUUGUAGACUUUCUUCUUCUUAUGACGAGAUGAAAAAAUAAUGCAAUAAAUAAGUAAUAAAAUCAAUAGCUGUCCCAGACACUCAWAUUUACAUAGUUUAUGUGCAAUUAAGAAAAAAUGCUUUAUUAAAUAAAAUCUUGUAUUUAUUUCUGUUGAUUUUAUUGUAUUGUUUCUAUUUAAUUUAUUUGUUUUAAGGGACUCUCAUUUUCCAGUUUUAUGUGUUAUUUUACAGCUGCUCUUAUUUUGACUGCUCAUUUUGAUAUAAGGCAUGGUUACCCAAUUUCAACCAUGACACUGAUACUUAACCCUGAAUUAUCAUCCACCACUGUGUGAAUGCUGGACAAGCAUAGCAGUUUAAAUUUUCAAUUUUAAUWAAAAGAAAAAACACUUAUCAGAAGACAAUCACUGGAGGUAACAAAACCAAAAAACAAACACACAGGGACUUGAUAAAAGACAAGGAAACCUAGUGAAUACUGUAAAUACUGAAAGAGAGAAUGACUGAACAUUUGCAGGUGUGAGAAGGAAGUCGUAAAUACGAAAAAAAAAUGUAUUUACACGUUGAUUUAAAUAUUUUGCUCAAAUACUUCUGUCUCAGCCCCCAUCUCAAAGCGUAGAAACCAUUAGAAAAUCAAAAUCCCUUAGAAUACUGGAAGAGUUCUGAUGGAGAUCCAGUAGUUUUCCCUUCAUUAUAGUGCUUUGGCCUGUUGUCUAAUUUUGUAGCYUUUUCUGUGUGUCAUUGUACACAUGAAAUAAAACCUGAUAUAUCUCA